AUGAACGCGGCGCGGCGCGCGGCGUCGCAUACCGUCCGGAGGUCUCGCAACUCGAUAUUCUUCACAUACUCUCGGCGAUGGAACUCGUCAUCGACAGACGCAUUUGACCAGAGGAAAUGGUCCACACCAUUAGCCCGCACAUUGGCCAGUGCGAUGAAGGUCACAGGCCCCGUGCCAAUCGCCGCCUUCAUGCGCCAAGUCUUGACUGCCCCGGAAGACGGAUACUAUACCUCUCGAACCAACGUCUUCGGCAAACACGGUGACUUUGUGACCUCGCCCGAAAUCUCCCAGGUCUUUGGUGAGCUGGUUGGCAUCUGGACUAUUGCGGAGUGGAUGUCCCAGGGCCGGAAGAGGAGUGGUGUGCAGCUUAUGGAGGUUGGACCGGGUAAAGGAACAUUGAUGGAUGAUAUGCUGAGGAUAUUCCGGAACUUCAAAAUGUUUUCUUCAAGUGUUGAGGCAAUUUACCUCGUUGAGGCUAGCGCUACGCUAAGAGAGGUGCAAAAGCGUCUUCUUUGCGGGGAGGAGGCGGCUUUGGAGGAGACUGAUAUUGGGCACCGAAGUACAUGCAAGUAUUUUGAUGUGCCAGUCGUUUGGGUCGAGGAUAUUCGUUUGCUGCCACAUGAGGAAGGAAAGACACCAUUUAUCUUCGCACAUGAGUUCUUCGACGCACUACCAAUUCACGCCUUCGAAUGUGUUCCUCCUUCACCCGAGAACGAAGUGCCAGACCAGCCGAAGGAGAUCAUGACUCCUACGGGACCUCAAAAACUGCACGUCCCGCUUAAGCCCGCCAACACUCCGCAAUGGCGCGAGCUUCUCGUCACCUUGAAUCCCAAGGCCAUCGAUGAGAACAUCGAAGGGGAGCCGGAAUUUCAACUUACAAAGGCCAAUGCCUCGACCCCCUCCUCACUCGUGAUCCCGGAGAUCUCGCAGCGCUACCGCGCAUUGAAGAAUCAGCCUGGCUCGACCAUCGAAGUGAGCCCCGAGAGCCGGAUCUACGCCGCCGAUUUUGCCCGCCGAAUCGGUGGUGAUUCCGCUUCUGCAACGCCUUCAAAGAAAACUCCUUCUACCCCUCCCCCCAAACCUAACAAGACGACACCUUCUGGCGCGGCCUUGAUCAUGGACUACGGGACUAUGUCAACCAUCCCCAUCAACUCCCUGCGCGGUAUCCAAAACCAUAAGAUCGUGCCUGCGCUUUCGGCACCUGGCCAGGUUGACGUCAGUGCAGACGUCGACUUUACCUCGCUGGCUGAAGCGGCCAUUGAGGGUAGUGAUGGUGUUGAGGUUCAUGGACCUGUUGAACAAGGUGAUUUCCUCACGGCAAUGGGCAUUACUGAACGCAUGGAACAACUUAUCCGUGCCGCCAAGGACGAUGAGAGCAAGAAGACCUUGGAGACUGGGUGGAAGCGGCUGGUUGAGAAGGGUGGUGGUUCCAUGGGCCAGAUCUAUAAGGUUUUGGCCAUUGUCCCCGAGAAUGGUGGUAAAAGACGCCCUGUUGGGUUUGGAGGGGGCGUUCAGGUUAACUAG